AUGAUCAACCGCACCUGGUUUAUCGCCUGUGUUCUUCUCUGCAUCUCAAUGAUCAGCUACACGGACGCUCAAUGGUCUAACCCUAUCAAGUCUGUGAUUUCGGGUGUUGGGACCUAUUUUGCACGUCAGCUUCCCAAGACACUCACUGGCCCGUUUGGACCUGAUCCGACCCAUCCUAACCUGAGGUUCUGGUUCACUCCGGAUACCUUCGAGCAGGACAACGUCGCAGACAACACGCCCGUUGAAACGUGGAGAAACGUAGCCCAGCUUGGAGUGAUCAAUGGAGUACAGACUCUCUAUGGUGAUCCUGAACAACCUGAGAGAUUGAUGCAAACUACAUCUUCUCAGAAGCCACUGUACAAGCGCGGAGUCCUGAAUGGCCAUGGAGUUGUACGAUUUGCCCGAUCAAACACAGAUGGGAGCACAGGACAACGACUCGUAAUGUACCAGAAUAGCUCUGCAACAGACAAGGGCUUCAUGAUGAAUCCUUUCGCUAAUUCCUUCACCAUGAUGAUGGUGGUCAAAACCAAUCAGAACGUAGGAGAUACCGGAGAGAUGGGAAUUUUCAGCGCAGGAGAGACAGAAAAUGGGGCGACGGGUGAGAAGGGAUUGCAUGUCUUCAAGACAUGCUCUACCUGUACUCAGAACGGAGGUAGCCCCCCGAAAUGCUUUCAGGGAAAGUAUGCUAGUCUUAGCACCCUGAAUGCACUCUAUGGUCAGAGCACAGAGAUUUUGACCGGAAGUGAAGCAGCAAUGAAGAACUUAUGUGUUUUGAAUUCAAAACAACUUUUGAGCGAGGUAAAUCAUGUGAAUAGAAUUUUGACCGUUCGUGUCACAAAUUCGAACUCGCAGGCAACUCUUGAAGUCUUCAUCGAUGGGUUGCAUGCCAGCACGCAGCCUCCGAUCCAAAUUUCUCAAGUCACCCCUCCGACUAUCGUUCAAUUCAUGUUGGGCGUGAAGGCAUUCAACAAUGACACCAAUCUGCAGUACAUGUCUGGAGACAUUGCAGAGGUUCUUGUGUACAAUACUUCUCUGACAAAUCUUGAAGCGGACAGGAUCGUUUCUAACUCCAUGACGGAACUUACUAUGGAGACUGCAAUCACUGGUGUGGCUUCUGGCGAUGCUGUCAUUAUCGCAAAUGCUCACAAGGUCAAACUCGCUGGGGCAACAAAUAUUUAUGGAAUCAAAGCGGCAGAUGAGGAUGACUACUAUAGCUACAAACGCGGGAUGAACAUAUUCUUCCCAACAGGGCGAUGCGAGGGAAAAGCUGCACGUAUUUUGAGCUACAAUGCAACCUCGAGAUGCGCAACCAUCGGAGGAGACUUGGAAGUGGGCGACUACGACCUUCAAAGUGUUGCCACCCUGAAAGACCAAUGGGGAUUCUGCUCUGGUACUAACUGCCAGGAUUCUGAGCAAAACCACAAGUGGCUGCACAACAGGAAUGCAGAUCACUGCCUCAUCAUCAACGGGAACCGUACUGCCUGUGUCCCAGAGCCAGGACAGAGAUAUUUGAUCGCACGAGACUACAAGUAUCAGAACGUCCGGACUAGUGGAUACUAUUACGGAGCAAAUUACAUCAGUGGCGGAGCAUUUCAAGAAGGGCCAGCGUCUGGGGGAUCUUUUGUUCGCAUACGUGGAGCUUAUCUCUUUCCCAAUGACAUGCACAUUGAUGGAGUGGCAAGUGUUACAAACGUUCAGCUGAUGAAUGGUAAAGACGCGAUCACCAACUUGAAGUAUCUCCAGGUCAAGAUUGGAGGGAACGUUGCGGAUGCUUGUACCCUCUACAAUUUUCCACGGGGAAAUGAUCCAGCUGGCACGAGGUCCCUGACUGUGUACGACUACAGCGCAGUGGACGAGCUGCCUGAGAUUCGAUGCAAAGUGCCGUCUGGCGUCGGAAAUGGAAAUGACUUGGAAGUUUCGUGGCACGGGGUAGCAGUCACCAUCUCCAAUUGGUUCAAGUACUCCAAGCCGAUUGUUCGAAGGGUCUCUCCUGUUUCCGUCUCGUACAGUGGAGGAGAUAAAAUCACCAUCUACGGCAACAACUUCGGUCCUCAGGCUGCUUGGGCGACGGGGUCCAGUCAUCCGGGAAGGAUAGAGCUCUACAAUCGCGGAUAUCAGUCGUGUAGCAAGGUGGAAUACAUCUCGGACAGCGAACUCCGAUGCAUUGUUCCUGCUCUUCGUCCGGUGAACUUGAACUUUGACAAGAGCACGAGGACUCUCAAUGUCAAAGUCGUUGUGAACGUGGGCAAUCAAGCAAGUGCGUUGGACACAGCCCCCGCCUUGACGUACCAGAAGGUUCCAACCUACUACUCUUGUGCUAUCGCUGCCAACGACGUCUGCAUGAGCUGCUGCAGAGGAGCAUGCAUGCUUGACGCCAUCGCAGACAGCCCGACCUCGUCGAUCUCCUCCAGUUGCGAUACAACUUGCUAUCGGUUUUGCGGGAUCUUGUCCUCAAGUCGACGACUGCUUGAGGUGCUUCGUCAGAUCAUGGAGACACGGAAUAGCACCAGGCGCUAG